UCCUCCUUCUCCCCGCAGUGCCCAGCGCCUUCUACUGCUUGUGUCUAGAAGAGAACAGUGUUCAUCUAUUCGGCGACUCUAUCAUCCUUUCCUCAUAAAGGAAUCAAAAUGCGUGAGUGUAUCUCAGUCCACGUGGGUCAGGCUGGAGUCCAGAUGGGCAAUGCAUGCUGGGAGCUGUAUUGUCUGGAGCAUGGUAUCCAGCCGGAUGGUCAGAUGCCCAGUGACAAGACCAUUGGCGGAGGAGAUGACUCUUUCAACACCUUCUUCAGUGAGACUGGAGCUGGCAAGCAUGUCCCCAGGGCUGUGUUUGUAGAUCUGGAGCCCACUGUCAUUGAUGAGGUGCGUACAGGAACUUACCGCCAGCUCUUCCAUCCUGAGCAGCUGAUCACUGGGAAGGAGGAUGCAGCCAACAACUACGCACGUGGACAUUAUACCAUCGGCAAAGAGAUCAUCGACUUGGUUUUAGACAGGAUUCGCAAACUGGCUGACCAGUGCACCGGGCUUCAAGGCUUCUUGGUUUUCCACAGCUUUGGAGGUGGUACAGGUUCUGGUUUCACUUCCUUGUUGAUGGAACGCCUAUCUGUCGACUACGGCAAGAAGUCCAAGCUUGAGUUCUCCAUCUACCCAGCUCCCCAGGUGUCCACAGCUGUUGUUGAGCCCUACAACUCCAUCCUGACCACCCACACCACCCUGGAGCAUUCUGAUUGUGCUUUCAUGGUGGACAAUGAGGCCAUCUAUGACAUCUGCCGUAGGAAUCUUGAUAUCGAGCGUCCUUCCUACACUAAUCUUAACAGGUUGAUUGGCCAGAUUGUUUCCUCCAUCACUGCUUCCCUCCGAUUUGAUGGUGCCCUCAAUGUUGAUCUGACAGAGUUCCAGACCAACUUGGUGCCCUACCCCCGUAUCCACUUCCCCCUGGCCACAUAUGCCCCAGUGAUCUCUGCAGAGAGGGCUUACCAUGAGCAGCUUUCAGUGUCAGAGAUCACCAAUGCUUGUUUUGAGCCAGCUAAUCAGAUGGUGAAAUGUGACCCACGUCACGGCAAGUACAUGGCCUGCUGUCUCCUGUAUCGUGGUGACGUCGUGCCCAAAGACGUUAAUGCUGCCAUUGCCACCAUCAAAACAAAACGCUCCAUCCAGUUUGUAGAUUGGUGCCCGACUGGUUUUAAGGUUGGCAUUAACUACCAGCCCCCAACUGUGGUACCUGGUGGAGAUCUGGCCAAGGUCCAGAGGGCAGUUUGCAUGCUGAGCAACACCACUGCUAUUGCAGAGGCCUGGGCUCGUCUUGACCACAAGUUUGACCUGAUGUACGCCAAACGGGCUUUCGUGCACUGGUAUGUAGGUGAGGGUAUGGAGGAGGGAGAGUUCUCUGAGGCCAGGGAAGACAUGGCUGCCCUGGAGAAAGAUUAUGAGGAGGUGGGCGUCGACUCCAUUGAGGGUGAGGGAGAGGAGGAGGGAGAGGAAUAUUAAAUAUUUCUUAACUGAGAAUGAUUUACAUUUUUUCCUCAAAUAUUCUGCCUUGAUCAACCAGUAUCAUAAAGGAUGUUAAGGUGUGGUCCACUGUUAUGGACUGUUAUGGUGAGAGCCCAAUAAAAGAAUCGACAAUAAAGUUUAUUCUGUCUCUGUUAUUACAUCCUGUACCAAUGUUAUGAUCACACUCAGAUAAGUGACCCAAAUAAACGGAUAUCAGUAGGUUAACCUUGAUCAGCGAGGGAAAAAUAGCAUGUAAUAUUGGACCAUUUGGAUGCAACAGUGCUUAACGUUACAGCUAAUGGUGUAUAGUAGUUAAUGUUACUGCUCUCUGACACAGAAUGAUAAGCCAGGGCAAAACAUUAGUGACCCGUUAAUGCUAGCUGAGUUGCAGUCGAGACAGUUGAUUGCAUACUUGCCAACGGAGCUGUAUCACUAACGUGUCAUCGGGGGCACGUAAUGUGGCAGUCACUCAAAUUGCAGUAUGGCAGCAAACAAAGGAAAUUACCUGUAAUAUUGGUGCAAUGACUGGUUAGUACCCCAGCGGCAGUCUGCUAAGUGACUCAGCCACAUGGCCUGUAGUACUAUAGCUUAAACGAGCUAACGCUUUGUACUUCUGGUUAGAUGCUAGCAGGGUUUGGUUGUACUGUACUGUACUUGCUCAAUGACAAUAAAGUUGAAUCUAAUCUAACAAAGGCAAAUGGUAAUGACAGAUAAUAUAGUAAGGACAAUACCAUAUUUGAUUGCAAAGAGCAUCUCACUCCGUUUGCUGUUAACAGUGUAGUUACGGGCAGUGGCAUAUAACUUCCAGUCCAUGUCAUCACAAAUAUGAAUGUGUUGCAAACAUUUGUGGAAUUACGGGCAUGAAAAGCA